AUGCCUUUCGCCUCCUCAGCGGCGGCAUGGCAGCAGCAGCAAAAACAACAACGCGAAAUUGACUUUAAUGCGGUGUUGGCGUACUGUUGCCGACCUGCACCGUACGCGCUGGCCUGCGCGUCGCCGUGGUUUCGGCGACGAAUGGAGCAGCUCAACUGGGUCAGCCUCGUAGCCAAGACUAUUCCCGCGCACUACCCUGAGCUGCUUGACACCACCGUCGCCACACUUAUUCGCGGGGACGGCACUGUGUUCCGUGACGGCGUUGCUCUGCCACAUCGAUACCGCCUGCGCACGGCAUCUGGCCACGACCACCACAAUGCGAUGUUGCUGGAUGAACUGUGGCGAAAGGGGCUACUUGCCGGCCACGACACCGAGGCUGUCCUCUACUUCAACGGACCUACUAACGACGUUUUGCUUCUGGAAGACAUGCGCUCCGUGUGUCAUGUGUUUCUGUCCCAUGACGCCUCACCGCCAACAGAGCACCUUUUGUACUGGCUGGCGCGGCCGCGUCGCGAGGAAGAUUGGCGAAGAGAUACAAACCACCGUGUGCCGCUGGCCGUAGAUGAAAUGACGUGGGACAUCACGGAGGAGCCACCCCCUUGCUCUGCGGAGCUCGAUACCGCUUGGGCUUCUUCUCGAGCUCGUGGUUUGGCACUGCAUCUCACCGAGCAUCAUCUGCCGUGGCUGGCGGCAUUCCUCGUGACGGAGUUGCCGCCGUUGCAGGAGUUGUACUUAUCGUUGGACGAGGGUCGGAUGCCCGCUCCCAGAGAAAUGUGGUGGUGGAUCAAGAGCAUGCUUGCUGGGAGACCUGCCCUGCGUGUGUUGUGCUUUUUGCCGCGUCCUGCGUUGGUACUGGGACCACCACGAAAGCAGCUUGACGACUAUGACGUGCUUGCGCCGUACGUUGAAGAAAUGGAUUUUGUAAGGCCGGAUGCCGGCGGGCCCUGUAGUCUGCAGAAAGGUCCUUCUCGCAACCCAGGGCACAGUGUUUUAUCUUUUACAAAUGCGAACACUCACGGUGAGGAGCGGGGGCGUUUGGUGACGGAGAGUCCUUUCGCCACACCACCCAGCGCCGCCGUACAAAGCAGCGGGGACAGUAACUUGCUUACGCCGACCGAGGAGGAGUAUAACAAGCCUCGCCUGCUCGACGCAACAGACGUGGAAGGGCUGGAGCAGCUUGGCUCGCUUGAGGUUCUCUACAUGUGUCCGUCGGCGACGGGAUCUCUACCGUUUAUUGCGCAGCAACCCACAAAAAUGAAGGAGUUGUAUCUUCUCUCUAAUGCCGCCCUACAGACGACCGGUGUGCACGGCCUCGAGUCACUCCCAGAGCUGGAAGUGCUGUGGAUCGAGGGGACUUCGAUACGUAAACUCUCGUCUUUGUGUUUCUCGACCACACUGCGGGAAUUACAUGUGGCGCUUGACUUUGCCUUCGCUACCUCUGUAUUGGAGGGCAUUGAACACAUUCCAACGCUUGAGGUGCUGCACCUUGAGCGCGUCACUGUGGAUGCCCUCUCUUUUGUCGGCGGGUGUGUGUCGCUACGGGAGCUGGUACUACAGGCAUGCCGCAUCUCCUUCAUAAAGGCACUGCGGGGAGUGGAGCGGGCCCCUUUGGAGCGUGUCUCUCUGGCCCACACAAACGGGAUCCGGGACGUCACGUUUCUGUCAUCGUGCAAACGGCUUCGUGAGCUCUUGUUAACCCGCUGCAACGGCAUCAGCACUGCUUCUAUUGCGGGUUUAGAGACCCUACCUCGCUUGGAGGUACUGGCCCUCGAGUUUACACGCGUUGAUUCAACGAAGUUGAUGGGUGCAAGUCCAUCGCUACGUCAUCUUCGUCUAAACAAUUGCAAACGGGUUCUGCGAGGCUCCAUCGUCAAUCUGGACUGCUGUGCGACGUUACAGUGCCUUUCACUGCGGGACACAAACGUCAUCAAUGUGGAGGCGCUUUACGGGUCUCGCAGUUUGGUCGAGAUUGACCUCAGCCACUGCAAACAUUUGGAGCAGAACGGAGUUGAGGGCGUCGUCCGUAUUCCCACUCUUAAAGUACUUUGUCUCUCCCACACUCCCAUAACCAGCGUCACUUUUCUGGGUGGGUCUACGUCACUUGGGGAAUUACAUAUAGACAACUGCCCAAAUAUUACCAACGAGGGAUUGCGCGGCAUCGAGAAGAUUCCCACCCUGCGCGUGCUUUCCAUGAUAAGCUGCCAGGCCAGUGAAAUUGGCUUUCUCGGAACAAGUCCAUGCCUGGAGGAGCUUCAUAUUGCGUCUAUGGAGCGACUGCGGACGUCGGGCCUCAGGAAACUUGAGGCCGCCUCCCACCUUCGUCACCUCAACAUGGCGUUUUGUGGCGUGGACUCUGUCUCCUGCCUCGUGCAUGGCUGCGUUAAUCUGCAGUAUCUGAACCUUCGCGGUUGCCAGCGACUCGCCACCGAGGGACUACGAGGACUCGAGGAACUGCCCACCUUGACGGACCUUGUGCUUGACGACCUCGACCUCGUUACCGACAUCAACCGUCUCGCGUACAGCGCUUCACUGCGACGGCUAAGCGCCGUGCGGUGCACGUCCCUCACCCUUGGGGGGGUGCACAACCUCCUCUUGCGAACGCUACCCAUAUCCCUUCGUCUGUAG